GACAGAGUCGGAGUAAGAUAGUACAUGAACUCUCUUUCAAGAACCAAAACUCACAAUUAAAACCCUAACUUCAUUCAACUCAAAAAUUAAAAACCCUAGCUUGAAUCAACAUAACCAGAUUAUUGAUUUGUAAAGUAACCCUAAGCUUCCUAAACUUUUAAAGAUGACUCGCAAGUCUACUAGAGUAAAGCCUCCAAUGAAGCAGCAAGUUGCAGCUAAGGCUGCACCACAUAAGCCUGCACGAUCCACUGGAGUAGUGACGAAGCCCCACAGAUACCGCCGUCCUGGUAUUGCUGCUCCUCGGAUGGGCAAUAUCAUGGAACACGGUGCAAAGGUAACUUGUUAUUCGAGACCAAACUGUAUUAAAGACUACACAAGAGAAUUGGAUGGAAUAUAUCUUAAACUGCUGGAAGAGAGUUGCUUUGGGCGUCUUAUACACUUACCAAAUCUUAGCUUCUGUCCAAAUGUCGUCCACAAUGUAUUGUUGAGGAUAUAGGAUACUCCUAAAAAGGACAAGGAGGAGGAAGAGGAGAAUGCCAUGUCGUUUAUUAUUGGCAAUCAGGAAAUAUGUUUUGGCGAACGAGAGUUUGCAAUGAUGUCGGGAUUAAAGUUUCAGGGUAGUGAAGAAAUAGACCAGAAUCCUAAAAGGAUACCUCUCAUGGAAGCCCAUUUUCCAGGUCAGGAUAAUGUUAAGUUCGGAGAUUUGGUAGAGAAAUUCUAUCAACUGCAAAACAGUGAGGACAAACUAAAGCUAGGCUUGCUUUUGAUCGCCGAGGGUGUAAUUAUGGGCCAUGGGUUACACAAGAGCUUAAAUAAAGGUCAUUUUCUCCUAGUUGACAACCUUGAGGAGUUCAACAGCUAUCCUUGGGGAAAGCUGUCGUACAAAGCGACAAUAAGUUCUCUCAUCAAAGCGUCGGAACAUAAACAUGUUUCCAACGCAAAACACACACUUGGCAAAAUGGUUUAUAACCUAUAUGGAUUCCCGCAUGUUUUCCAGAUUAAGGUUUUGUCACCGUUACACCCUACACAAGAAGAACUAAAAGAAUGCUACAUGACUGGACUUUUAAGUGAGGGUGAGGAUUCGGGAGUAAGAGGACAUGAAAGUGAUUCAGGCAUUAAAGAGCUAAAUGGUGAAGCUGAAGCUAAUGCACAAUGGGAAGCGAAUCAUUAUUCCAUCCCCACGAAUUCCUCGUCAUUCAUUGGAUGUACUAACUCAACCACAACUUCUAACAACUGCUCUAGGAAACAGAAAAAGAAGCAAAAAAGUAACUCUCAACUUCUAAAGAAGGUUGAUAAGAAAAUUGGCACCAACACCAAAGAAUAUAUAACUUUAUCAAAUGAUGAGGAUGAAGAUGUUGAGUCUCUAGAGAACUUGAAGUUGAAACUUCGAAGCGAAAUUGAAAUCCCUAAGAAAGAAAGGUCUGCAGUGGAAAGUGAUGUCAGAUUAAUCAACAAAAAAAGGGAGGAAUUGGAGACCCAUCGUUAUAAGCUCAUAGAAGAGAAGGCUAUACUUAACAAGGAGAAAUUGAAACUCGGAAGAGAUAUUGAAUCACUCAACAUAAAGAAGACUAAAUUGGCUACUGAUACUGACUUGCUCAAUAAGGAGAAGGAAAAAUUGCAAAGUGAUUUUGAUAUUCUCAACCAAGAGAAGACUACAGUGGAAACUGAUCUCAGGUUACGCUGCGAACAGCAGAAGAAAUUGCAAUGGGGUUUUGAGAUUCUCGUCAAAGAGAAGACUAAGUUGGUGAGUGAUACUGAGUUACUCAAAAAAGAAAAAAACUACAGUGGAAAGUGAUAUUGAAUUACUCAACAAAAAGAAAACCACACUAGGAAAUGAUAUUGAGUUGCUUAGAUUGGUGAAGUCUGAAAUGGAAACUAGUUUUCAAUAUCUCAAAGAUGAGAAUAAUAAACUGUGUGGUGGUAUUGUAAUUCUGAACAGAGAGAAGAUUUUACUAGGAAAUGAUAUCGAACUACUCAACAAGGAGAAGACUAAAAUGUAUAGUGACAUUGAUUCACUUAACAAUGAGAAGACUAUAUUGGGAGCUGAUAUUCGUUUGCUCAAUGGAGAGAAGACUAUUGCACAAGAUGAUAUUUGUUCACUCAAUGAAAAAAAGACUGCGGGACAAGAUGAUAUUUGGUUGCUGAAUGAAAAGAAGACUAUGGUACAAGAUGAUAUUUGUUCGCUCAAUGAAAAGAAGACUACUGCACAAGAUGAUAUUUGUUCGCUCUAUGAAAAGAACACUAUGGUACACGAAGAGAAAACUAAACUGGGAAUGGAUGUUGUGCUACUCAAGAAAAGAAAGUGUGAAGUGGAAACUGAUUUAGGACUCAGCAACAAAGAGAAGGAUAAGCUGCAAAAUGAAGUUGAACUUCUCAAUAUGAGAAGGUUAAAUUGCAAUCUGACAUUGAAUUUUUCAAUGGAGAAAAGGCUGAAUUUAUUCGUUCUGUGACGGCUGAUGUUAGCAAAUCUUUUUAUGAACAUGAGAAAACAUUGUUUGAGAAUGAAAAAAUGUUCAUAGAGUUUAAAGAGAUGAACCAAACAUUGGUGGCCAAGGAAAGGUGUUACACUGAAGAGCUUCGGGAAGCUUGCCAAGAACUUAUCAAGGUAAUGGUGUCAGAGAAAGUCACCAGAAAUACAGUGAUUGGAGUGAAAAAGAGAAAGAGAGGAGAUCCAGUGUUGUGGAAUUUCAGAGAGCAGAAGAGAGCCACGCUGAAAGAAGUGAUUAGUUUUCAACUGAACCGCACAGAUAAGUUGAAGAGACCAACUUUUACAUGAGAUUUAUGCAAGUAUUCCUUUAAACGGGCCGAGAAUAUUCAGCUGUACAGUAAGAAUGUGGUAUAAUGUCUAGUUUUAGAGGUUUUCUGGGUGCACUAGUGGGAGGAUGCUAACAUAUAAAUGUGUACGUAAGAAUUAGAUGAUGAGAAAUUGAUACCACAUGACAUGGAAGGAUAGCAUAGAGAUAUUAACGGUCUGUCCAUGUUGACAAGCUGAAUUUCUAACUUGUAAAUGUUUUGAAUUAGAAAGAUAAAACUACUGCGGAAUUAGCCUUUUGCAGAAUA